AUGUUGUUAUAUCAGAGACGUUUUAUAUUUUUAUCAUUAACAUGUCAGGUUGUCUCAGUGUUUUCUGCCGAUCAUCUUCUCGAAGGUAUUUACUGUGGAAAAGAAAACUGUUAUGAAGUUUUAGCAGUUAGCAGAGAAGCAACCAAAAAUGAAAUCGCUAGAAGUUACAGACAGUUGGCCAAAAAAUUCCAUCCGGAUUUACAUCGAUCCGAAGAGGCUAAGAAAGAAGCGGAAGAAAAAUUUAAGCAAAUCGCUACAGCGUACGAAAUAUUACGAGAUGAAGAGGAAAGAUCAGACUACGACUACAUGCUGGACAAUCCGCAGGAGUACUACGCUCACUACUAUCGUUAUUACCGACGCCGAAUGGCUCCUAAAGUCGAUGUCAGAAUCGUCAUUGCUGUUACUAUUACCAUUAUAUCAAUUAUCCAAUACUAUAGCGCGUGGUCAAAAUACGACACUGCCAUAAAAUACUUCAUGACUGUACCCAAGUAUAGGAAUAGAGCUUUGGAAAUUGCUAAAGCAGAAACAAAAGAGUCACAAGGCAAAGGUAAAGCUAAUAGAAAAAGUAAAGCAGAACAAAAGUUAGAACAGGAUAGGAUAAUAAGAAGGGUUAUAGAAGAAAAUUUAGACAUCAAAGGAGCUUAUGCAAAACCUGAAAUAGUAGAUAUUUUAUGGAUCCAACUAAUAAUCUUACCAUACACAGUUGCUUAUUAUAUAUACUGGUACUUAAGGUGGUUAUGGAAGUUUACAAUACUGAAGCAACCUUAUGGUGAAGAGGAGAAAUUGUAUAUAAUCAGAAAGUAUAUGAAAUUGGGUCAGCACCAAUUCAAUGCUUUAGAUGAUAAGGAGAAACAAGAAUUUUUAGAUGAAGAGUUGUGGAUCAAAGAAAACUUUUUAAUUUGGAAAGAAAUAAAAGAUGAAGAGGCUAAGAAAGCCCUUGCAGAAAAUAAUAAAUACAAACAAUACAGAAGGUAUAUAAAGCAGCAUGGUGUUGGAAGGAUGACUUUUGAUGAUUCAUGA